CUCACGUUUUGUUUUAACUCUCGUGACAAAAGGUUAUAGCGACGGGCUCAGAUAACGGUGAUUUAUAUAAAAUCGAUCUGCGUGUUUUGAUUCCAAAAGAAUGUCAUAUUACAAACAGUGUUAGUAUUAUAGAAUCAAAUACUAAUAAAACGGAUACUUUAUCAUCGACACGAGAGACACGAGAGACUUUAUCAUCAGGACAAAAGACAUGUUAAAACUUUUCUAAAAGACAUGGGUAUUAAUGUUUUAGUUGUAAAUGAUUUUUGUGACGGCUGUGCGUAUGGUAAGCAUCAUAGGCUAAGUUUUCAUAAUAGAGUUGAACGCGCGACGAAAGUUCGAGAAGGUAUACACAUGAUGUGUGUGGUCCUAUGCAGCAGGAGUCACUCGGUAGUAAGCGAUACUCACUAAUUUUUAAGGAUGAAUUUUCGGGCUUUAGAAAAAUUUAUUUUUUGCGUGAAAAAGUCUUUGAAAAGCUUAAAAUGUUUUGUAAAGAGCACGAAAAUCAGUUCGGUGAGAGUAUAAGAGAAAUUCAUAGCGACGGCGGUAAAGAAUAUAUAAAUAAAAUUGUUAACAGUUUCUUAAGGGGUUAGACCCCUUUACAAUUUUCAAAAAAUCGAAAAUUUUUUUUUUGCUUUAAAAAAUAGUUUGAAGCCUCUAAAAUAACAUGCAAAAGGUCCGAAGUUAAAGUUCGAAUUAUUUCACGAGAUAUAGAGUCUACAACGGACUCCUGUACCUGCGCGUCAGCGCGUAACAAUAGACCGAGCGCGCCAGCAAUAGAAUGAGAUCGGCAGAUGAAAACAGGCUCAGUGCCCUUGAGGUCCCUAUGUGCCUAGAGUCCCCUCCACUACUUUCUAACGUAUUUUUCGACAGUUUAAAUCUCUACAGUCGUUAGUCAUACAUCGACGACGAAGCACGUGUACGAAAUGGAUCAGCAAAAAAGAAUUAAUCGAAAAGGUUCAAGAUCUAUAUUAGGACGUGCUAGCAGACCUAAAAAACGACCAACUCCGCCAAAUCGUCAUUCCUUUGGUGAAACGAGUUCUUCCGCGAAAAAACUAAAACAUUCUGACGAGGAAGUACCGAUAAGUGCGACGCAUGGAUAUCGAAUAAUUAGUUUUGUGGCGAUAUUUUCGAGUUUGAGCGAAAUGUUGAAAUGUAAAACAUGUAAUGGCAAUAUAAAUUUCUCUGAAUCGAAUAUUUGCGGACUUGGAUUUAAAUUGGUUGUAAAUUGUGACAAUUGUGAACCGCGGUAUAUAAAUUCGUGCCCGCUUAUUAAAAACGCGUAUGAAAUUAAUAGACGGAUUGUAUUUGUUAUGAGACUUCUCGGAAUUGGUUAUGAUGGAGUAAAAAAGUUUUGCGGUCUAAUGGACAUUUCAAAAAUGUUUACCAAAAAUGUAUAUUAUGACAUUUUAGAAAAUAUACAUAUCGCGUCGAAAGCUGUCACCUCUAUAUUAUUUUCUGAAGCUGCUUGUGAAGAAAAACUGUUAACAGCACAAGCAGAAAAUACAUCUGAACUGGCAGGAUUAUAUGUUUCUGGUGACGGAACAUGGAGAAAGCGAGGUUUUUCGUCCUUACAAGGUGUCGUGUCGCUAAUUGGUAUACAUUCUGGCAAAGUUUUAGACAUUAUCGUAAAAUCAUUAUAUUGCAAGGGUUGCGAAUAUGGAAAAAAAAUUGAGAAUACACAGGAAUUCGAAACGUGGGAGGAAUCACAUAAGGAUACGUGCUCAAUUACUCACGAAGGAAACGCGGGAAAAAUGGAAGUAGACGGAGCGGUAGAAAUGUUCGCAAGAUCUGAGGAAUUACAUGGCGUGAAAUAUACAUCAUACAUCGGCGACGGUGACUGUAAGACAUAUAAAGGAAUUGUUGAAUCUCGACCUUACGGAGAUGAUGUCUUGAUCAAUAAAAAAGAAUGUGUCGGUCACGUUCAAAAACGAAUGGGUGCACGGCUCCGUAAAGUAAAGAAAGACACGAAAGGAUUAGGAGGAAAAGGGAAAUUAACAGCUAAAUUGAUAGACGAAUUGAGCGUGUAUUAUGGAUUGGCUAUCAGGAGACAUAAGGAUUCAAAAGAAGAAAUGAAAACAGCAAUAUGGGCUACGCUUAAACACAAAUGUUCUACCGACAAUAAUCCGCAGCACGACAACUGUCCUCCUGGGCCAAAUAGUUGGUGCACCUGGCAAGUGGCCAAGGCGAACAAUAAACUAACAGAAUAUGUUCAUAAACCAGCUCUACAUCAAGAUGUCAUAAAAGCAAUCACCCCUAUCUAUGAAGAACUGAGCAGGGAUGAUUUGCUAGAGCGUUGUGUGGGUGGUUACACUCAAAAUAAUAACGAAAGCCUUAACGGAUUAAUUUGGUCCUUUGCUCCCAAAAAAUUAUUCAGUGGCUUAAAAACCGUGGAAAUAGCUACAAAUAUUGCCGCCAGCAUAUUCAAUAAAGGCUAUGCAAGCAUUAUUUUAAUGAUGAACAUAAUGCACAUUACUAUCGGUCCGAUUACAAAUAGCAUUUGUGAAACUCUGGACGAGAGACGGAUUUCGAUCGCCGAGGCGCGAAUGUUGCAAAUGUCUAAAGAAAGCCGAACUGCGCGCAGACAAGAAAGAAUGUCCAUUCAGGAUUCCCUGUGCGAGAAGAAGAAUUUAUAUUACGAAGCAGGAAUGGCAGAUUAGCGACAAGCCAAAAUGGCGGAAUUAGGUACACCAGUUGACCGCGCAAAAAAAAACACGUUUUAGUAAUAAAUUUAUAACUCCUAUAAUUAUUAAUAUUUUUAAUUGUAAUUUUAUAUCUUAUAUGUUUAUUGUAUACUUAGAUCAUAUGCCAAAUAGCAACUUCGUAGUUUUUAUAGUUCUCCGUUAAUCAACGUUCAAAAAACACCUAUUUUUUAAGCCCGUCAAGGGGGUCUAACCCC